CCAAAAGACAUAACAGAAGAAAAAGACUCUUUCUCCUCUGCAGUUGAUUGAGCGUGGAGUUUGUUUAUUUUUCUUUGAAGAUGGCAAGAAAAUGCUCCCAUUGUGGAAACGAGGGGCAUAACUCUAGGACAUGCAGCAAUUCAAGGAGUUUGAAGCUCUUUGGCGUGCAGAUUCUCAUAGCUUCUUCACCCAUGAAGAAGAAUUGUAGCAUGGAUUGCUUAUCGCCUUCUUACCUUUCUUCUUCUUCCUCUUCUCCGUCACGAUCAUCAGCUUCUCUCGUGUCUAGCAAUGAAAAUUCUGAACAAUUAACUAAUGGCUAUCUUUCUGACGAUCUCAUGGAGCAAGCACAAGAGAGAAAGAAAGGAGUACCUUGGACCGAGGAAGAACAUGGAAAGUUUCUAGCUGGCCUUAAAAUGCUUGGAAAAGGAGAUUGGCGUGGUAUUUCGCGUAAUUAUGUGACAACAAGAACUCCUACCCAAGUGGCUAGCCAUGCUCAGAAGUACUUUCUUAGACAAAGCAACCUCAACAACACCAAGCGCCGAUCUAGCCGUUUUGAUGUGGCUGGUAACUGCGAAGCACAAGUUCAUGUAAUUGAUGGCAUGCCAAAGAUUAAAGAUUCAUCCUCUUCGAGUGACUUUCGAUUUCCUCUUCUAUCUCUUAAUGUGACAAGUAAUGGAGUUGGCAAUGAUGAGAUUGAUCUUAAUGUGUCACAGUCUUCCUCGUUGGUUGAAAAGCAUCAUUCUCAUCUUCCAUCGCCUGACUUAGAGCUCGCCAUUUAUUAGAUUUGGCCGGAGGCGAGAAAAAUAAGUGAGUGGAAGUUAUGUGAUAUAAUCCUUUUUGGUUAUCGAAAUUGUAUGAUAUCUAUAUGUUAAAACUUGCUAUAGAGGUAGAGAAAAUGUAUGAUGUCUAAUUGUCGCCCCUUUAGGGUAACAUAAAUAUUGUCCAAAUAAAGAUAAAU